CCAUCUACAUCCAAGAUGGCGUCCCCCUUGAGGGCAUUGAUAUUGGGGAGUCGCGCUGCGAGCUGCUUACGGACUCUGGUGUUUUGUCGGGAAUAUGUUACACUCACUGCCCGAAAGGAUAUCUCCUUUAUACUUGAUGAAAAAACUGCUCACAGUAGCUUGGACCUUUUCAAACAGGAAACAGGGGUCCUAUAUCGCAUGCUAGGCGUUGAUCCUUCAAAGGUUCCCCAGAAUCCUGCGUUUCGAGAGUGGGCUGUAGUGUUGGGCGAUACAUCUGUCACUAAUGGCCGUCAUUACUGGGAAGUGACAGUAAAGCGUUCCAGUGAGUUUCGAAUAGGUGUUGCUGAUGCUGAUAUGUCUAGAGAUGAGUGCAUUGGUGUAAAUACCCGUUCAUGGGUCUAUGGUUACAGUCAUAAAAAGUGGCAGGCCAUGCAGGCUAAUAAAAUAAUUCCUAUCAGUAAUAUCGGCAAUCCAGCAAAAGUUGGGUUGCUUCUUGAUUAUGAGGGUGGCAAACUCAGUCUCGUGGAUGCAGAGAAGGGUUCACUUGUCCAUACUCUUAAUGCAAGCUUUCGGGGUCCUGUUGUGCCUGCAUUUGCUUUGUGGGAUGGAGAACUUUUGACUCACUCAGGCCUGAAUAUUCCUGAACAUCCUUAAAAUAACAUAAGACGUGCCAUCAAGUGCCUCUUCAGCAGCCGUGAUUGUCUUCUGGCAAUGUGUGAUUAAAACUUUUUUUCUACAUAUAAAAGGACAUAUUGCUUCAAGUGAUGGUAAAGCAGUGUGUUGCUUUAUGAUGUGCUGGUCCCUAGAAUGACACUGUAUAGAUUUAUCACAGGAAGAUGCCAAAGAAACAGGAUUGGCUUUAAUCUCUAUUUCCAUUUAUAUUUAUAUGUGCUAAAAUAUAGAGCUGUUGUAACUAAAAACUGAUUUGGCAAUUUUUUUUGGAAUUUUGUUUUUUGGAACUAUUUUCAAGUUUACUGGGCUAAAUGUUCUAUCAACACCUUAAAGUGACGGUAAAUGUUCAUGAAUGAGUGCCUGUUUUUUUAAAAAUGCUAUUAAAAACAGGGGCACUUUCAUUUAUGAACGUUUACAUUGCAGCAGUUUUGUUAAAAUACCUUUUUUCUUCUUCCAAGCCGGACCAGCGAUCCCCUGCCCGCUUCUUCCUACUGCAAUGACGAAACCGGCUUUCUCCAAUCACGGCAUGGCCUCAGGAAAUGUUUGCUCUGGGGAGAAAGCCAUGAUUGGAGGAAACUUGAUUUGUUUGCCGCUGAUCCGGCCUGGAAGAGAAAAAGGUAAGUAUUUUAACAAAACCGCUGCAAUUUAAACUUUCAAGAAUGAAAGUGCCUCUGUUUUUAAUAGUAUUUUUAAAAAAGGGGCACUCAUUCAUGAAAAUUUACCUUCACUUUAUUUGCCCACCAUUCCAGUUCUAAAAAACAGCCCCUAAUUAUGCAUCAUAAAGCGAUUAUACAGAAGAUUGGAGUGUGCUGUUUGAAAAAGUUGCAGCUGUUUUUAAAUCUUCAUACUAAGCAUGCUGACAUUAUGAAAUCCUUUAAACUGUUAUGUUCAUUUUGUAUCAGUAAGCAUACAACAUUCAUGUUUGUUCCGUAACUGGUAAUGGGACGAUAUAAUCUAUUCCUUUGUAAAUGGGCAGGGGGCUGUCUCUGUAAGCUUUUGCAGUAUACUGGUUAUAUAAAAUAAAUAAUGCAUUUAAAAAAAAAAAAGCCUUUAAGAACA